AUGGGCAUGCCAGGAGAUUUUUCAUUGGAUUGUGAAGUAGCUCCCGUAUUAUACAAUCAUGUGACAUGCAUGCCAUUAAGGGUGGCCAGCCCACCGCCCCCGGAUUGUUUACUAACUACUGUUAUUAUUCUGCCAACACAUGUAUUCUUCUCAUAUGUUCCUCCUAGGAAACGGCGGUGCCCAUAUAGGGAUAGGGGGUUAGAUGUGAGAUUACUAUAUUUUUUAAAGCUAACUCCUUUGGAUAAGAGCUGGAUUGAUAUAAGGAAUAAGCUAGACCCUGCCAAUAUACAAGGGGUAGAAAAGUUUAUAGAAUUUGCUUAUGAUAAAAAGCAUCCAGAUUCAAAGAUACAUUGUCCUUGCAAGAAAUGUGUGAACUUUAUAUUUGGGACAAGAAGUGGCGUGAAAGAACAUUUAAUUAUAAACGGAUUCAAUACUAACUAUACAAGAUGGACAAUUCACGGAGAGUCUUUAGCUUCAUCUAGUAGAAAUGAAUCGGAUGCAAAUCAAAGCUCUUAUUUUCAAGAUGAUAUGAUUGGUAUGGUGCAUGAUGCAUGA